CGAGGAAUUUCUCAGUGAGUAAGUGUUUACAAAUUAUAUCCGUAAAAGUGUAUAGGUGAAUUCGAGGUACAGUGUUGCCUACUCGAGGCGUUUAACCUCAAAUAUUUUCUCGGUGCAAAUCGUGAAAAUUCACAUUAAUCACGUAUUAUAUUUAGCGAGUGAUGGAAAGUAAAAAGGAUAUAGUAAGGGUAAAAAAGGAGCCACAGGAUAUCUGGCCAAAUGCAGGCGACGAUCAUAAUUUCGAUCCUGUGGACUCUGUCAAAGUCGAAAAUGUUGAAACGUCCAUGUUUAACAACAAACCAGAAAAUCAAGUGAAUCGAGUUAUGAAGCUACAGGAUAAAUUAGGUACAGAAAUAUUCGUAGAUAUCGAGUGUAAAUAUGUUAAACCUGAACUGAAGUUAUUAUCGACAAACGUUUGCAAAACGGAGUAUAAGGAUUAUACAACUAUUGUGAAAGUAGAAAACCAAAAUCAGAUUAUUUAUUUGGAUGAAAAAAGUCUCAUAAUUUUGAUAAAAAAAGACUUCGAUUAUCAUAAUAAAUGUAAAAUUCAAGUAAAACCUCAAUUGAAAAUUGAUAAACAUAAAACGGUAGAAAUAUUUAGAAAAAAUAUUCUAACCAAAUUAUCACACAAGUGCAAAAUAUGUCGCAAAACAUAUACACGACAAGCAAAAGGGUAAUCUCAAAACUCACAUAAAUGUUGUACAU